AUAAUUCUGAUGAAAAAAACAUCCACCAUUUUCAAAAGAUAGGAAAGCCAGCAAGACAUCACAAUCCAACCUUCUCACUUGGUCUUUCAUCUACCUUAGCUUCUUCUCCUCCUUCCUUCUACCUCAACUCUUCCUUCUUCUCUUCUUUGUGCUUGUCUCACCUUUUCAUGCAUGGAUGCCAGCCAGUGGCCUCAGGGCAUGGGACUGCAAGUGAAGCCCAUGAUCAUGGGGGAUGAUCAGUUUGCCUCCUUGGCCGCAAAGCCUCGGGUGGUCGAGAGGGAGAUGAGAGAGCCGCAGAGGCCAAAGCCGCGGCCGAGCAAGGAGCAGCAGACCCUCCACUGCCCUCGGUGCAAGUCGAUCAACACCAAAUUCUGCUACUACAACAACUACAGCCUCGCCCAGCCAAGAUACUUCUGCAAGACCUGCAAGAGGUACUGGACCGAGGGCGGGUCGCUGAGAAACGUCCCAGUGGGCGGCGGCUCAAGAAAAAACAAGAACAAGACCGUCACCGCCACGGCCGCAGCCACGGCCGCUGCUGCGGCCGCCGCCACCACCACCAGCAGCUCCAAGGCCAUUUGGCAAGAAAGCAGCAGCAAUAACUCUUACAAUCUCUCUGCCAUGGACUUGCUCAAGAGCAGUACGGCUGUGCCGGUGCCAUUGCCUGACUACGCCGGCACAGGAUUUGGAGGACUCAUGCAAGAGUUCAUGUUUCCUCUGGAAGAGCAGAACAAGGGACAAAGUGGUGAUCCUGCAAAUGGAUACUGGAGCGGAAUGCUCAUGGGAGGAGGCUCAUGGUAGAGAGGAUCGAUUAACUCUAGUAGAGCUGGCUCACUCUCACUCUCAUCCUUUAGCUUAACUUCAAUUUAGCAUUGGCUGGCUUCAAGAGAUUGUCUGAUUAAUAAAGCAAUUCAAUGAAGGGGGUGUUUGUGUUGUGAUUGACAGCCAUUAGAGGAGGAGCCCUUUUUACAUGCUCCAAUUAUGUAUGCAUGUCUGCAUUGUUGAUCUUCAGAUUUGAUAUAGAUAUGCAUGUUUGUGUUGUAAUGAA